AUGGCCGUCUCGACCAAUGAGUUGGCAAUUCUCGCUAUUGUCUUACUUGUCACCGCGGUGGUCUUCUACACCAAAGGCACUCGGCGUGCCCCCUUACCGCCUGGACCUCGCGGAAUCCCGUUCCUCGGCAACCUGUUCCAAUUCAACGUGAUGCGUCCCUACCCCCAGUAUCUGAAGUGGGCACAAAAAUACGGCCCUGUAUUCUCUAUCAAACUGGGCAGCCAACGCAUCAUUGUGCUGAGCACCUCCGAAGCAGCGGACGAACUGUUCGUCACCCGCAGCAAGCUGUAUUCCAGCCACGAGUCCCCACACGUCGGGUUCGACCUGGUGAGCGACCAGCAGCGAAUGGUGUUCAUGCCGUAUAGCAGAGAAUGGAAGAUCGUCAGGAAGAAUGUCCAUGGCAUUCUUGGCCCCGGUCCGUCCAAGCAAAUGCGUAAGAUGCAAGACCUCGAGUGCCGCAUCAUGCUGCACGACCUGCUCUGUCACGGAGAUACCAGCAUCGUAGAGGACUUCGUCGAGGGACCGCAUGGGAAGGUGCCGGAGAGGCAUUGGUUCUCCAUCAUAAGACGAUACACGACCAGCCUGAUGAUGACCCUUGUGUAUGGCCGUCGCAUCCAUCGCAUUGUGGACAAUCCGGAGCUGCAUCAAGUCUACGAAAUGAUGUCUAAUAUGACACAUGUGUCACAGCCUGGACGAUAUUUGGUGGAUGCACUCCCUAUCCUACGCUGGCUACCCGACAUUAUGGCACCAUGGAGAGCAGAGGGAAAGAGGAUGCACGAAUGGGAGAUGGGUUUCUGGGGGAAGCUGUUCGCCGACAGCCGGACGGCUUUUCUCAAUGGCACCGGGCUCAACGGGUUUGUUCAGUCCUAUCUGAGCGCACGUGCCGAGGCAGGACUCGAGGACCUUCCUGGUAAGGGUGCAACAGAGGACGGGGCAGGAUGGAUGCGCGACAAGCUUAUCACAUACACGGCCGUGUCCAUCAUCGAGGCUGGCUCGGACACGACCUCGACCGCCGUCUUCUCGUUCGUGCUGCUCAUGCUCAGCAACCCGGACGCUCUGCGGCGCGCGAAGGAAGAGAUGGGCGCGGUGGUAGGCUCUAGCCGCAUGCCGGAUUGGGAGGACGAGGAUAGGUUACCCUGGCUUACGGCCUGCAUCAAGGAGACGCUCCGGUGUGCACCGCCGCUGCCCUUGGGUAUCCCGCACAAGGCAGACGAGGACGACGUUUACAACGGCUAUCUCAUCCCCAAAGGAUCCACGGUGAUUGGGAACAUAUGGGCCAUCCAUAUGGACCCCGUUCGGUAUCCUGACCCAACCGCAUUCAAGCCGGAGCGGUUCUACAAUCCAGAUGGAAAGUUGAACUGGGCCAGUGGCCCGGACACCCACAAUCGCGACCACUACAUAUUCGGGUGGGGCAGGCGUUUCUGCUCUGGCAAAUAUCUUGCAGAGGCAUCGAUGUUCAUUGUUCUGUCUCGUCUCAUCUGGGGCUUCGACUUCUACGCGGCGUCGGAUCCGCAGACUGGCAAAGUGAAAUUGCCUGAUGUGAAUGACGUGGACACGUUCACGGACGGGCUUGUGACUGCCCCGAAGAUAUACCCUGUUGGAUUCAAGCCACGGUCUGAGAAGCACGCCGAGAUGAUCAAGGCAUCGUAUAGAGAUGUUCAGAAUGACUGGCAGUCGAUGGGGCUGGCUGGAGAUGAGCGGUGA